GUGCCUCCGCGCGAGCGCGCGGGCAUGCCGACACCCACUCGGCCGGUCCCGGCGCCCCGGCUCCCGGAAGCGGAAGGGAAGCGGCCCGGCCUGGGCGGCGGAGGCGCGGAGCCGAGUGGAGAGCUGCGGAGCGGGCGGCGGCACUCACAGGGAAGUGUUCUGGAUGGGAAGCCCGUAUGAUGGGAUAAGCACUAUGAAGAAAUAAAUCAGAGGAUGAGUCAAGAAGACACUUCUUGUAAAUGCAAGUGCUGGGAAAAUCACAGCUCCUCGCCGUGAACUCGCAGUGAUGCCGCCCAUAAGCCUGAGCAGCGCUGUUGAGUUCGAUUGUUGCUCCGUGUGUAAUAGUUUCUGUCCAGCCAUCAGCCACACCUGGUAGCCGUCCACGCUGGCGUGAUCCUGCCUCUACCAGUCACAGGCUUGUGGCUCUUGGAAGUCCACUGUUCUCCCAACCGACUGGAAGGACCAUGUGUCGUUGAGUUUUACUGAUCAGGAUUGUCUUCCUGCGGGUUGGCAGGCAGUUCUAGCACUGCAGAAUGGGGCUUCGGAUUCACUUUGUUGUUGACCCACAUGGUUGGUGCUGCAUGGGUUUGAUUGUCUUUGUCUGGUUAUACAAUAUUGUUUUAAUUCCCAAAAUUGUCCUCUUUCCUCACUAUGAAGAAGGACAUAUUCCAGGCAUUUUGAUAAUAAUAUUCUAUGGCAUUUCUAUAUUUUGUCUGGUUGCCUUAGUGAGGGCCUCCUUAACUGAUCCCGGAAGACUCCCUGAAAACCCCAAGAUCCCACAUGCAGAGCGGGAGCUGUGGGAGCUGUGCAACAAGUGUAAUUUGAUGAGGCCAAAGCGAUCCCAUCACUGCAGCCGCUGUGGCCACUGUGUAAGAAGGAUGGACCACCACUGUCCUUGGAUAAACAACUGUGUGGGUGAAGACAACCACUGGCUCUUUCUGCAGCUGUGUUUCUACACUGAGCUUCUGACUUGCUACGCACUGAUGUUUUCUUUCUGCCACUAUUAUUAUUUUCUUCCACUAAAAAAGCGUAAUUUGGACCUCUUUGUUGUUCGGCAUGAGCUGGCUAUCAUGAGACUAGCUGCCUUUAUGGGCAUUACCAUGUUAGUUGGAAUAACUGGACUCUUCUACACACAGCUGAUUGGCAUCAUCACAGAUACAACAUCUAUUGAAAAGAUGUCAAACUGUUGUGAAGAAAUAUCGCGGCCCCGAAAGCCAUGGCAGCAGACCUUCUCAGAAGUUUUUGGCACUCGUUGGAAGAUCCUGUGGUUCAUUCCUUUCAGGCAGAGGCAACCACUGCGAGUUCCCUACCACUUUGCCAAUCACGUCUAAACAGAUGGAUGGUGGGCACAGAUGGGUCCUCCAUGCUGGAAAUGCGUUACAGGUUUCAUGAGAAUAGAACUAUGACAGUCUUCAAGUCAAUUAAAAUCCACCCACCAAUCUUGGGCUUCAUAAUGUGCCCCAGGCUUUAUUUUAAUAGUGAUCUUGAUCCUGUUGUGGGGCUAAUACAAGAUCUAUAUUUAAGUUUUAAAAGCAUGUUUACUUUCAAAUUAGCCUUUCACGGGGAUUUCUUUAAAUGCUUUUGUUACUAAACUCAAAAGGCAGUGAUUGGGAUGAAAUAAUUGUACAUAAAUUUCCUUCACUACUCACAGUAUUUUAAAUUUUAAUUUAUAAGAAAUUUGAGGUGUUUAAUGUUUACCUUUAAAUAGUACUAACCAAAUUUGAAUUUAAUUCUUCAGGUUUACAAAACUUGAUAUACUUUCUUAGAUGUAAAUUUUCUUUUUUGAAUAUAAGUUAAAAUGCUUUUUACUACUUCCUUUUCUAUGUGCUGCAGGGUUUUUAAUAUGCAGUGUAGGGUGAGCAACAAAGGGCAGUUAUUGCCUGGGAGCGGCUCUCUGAUGCUUCCUUCUUCUUUCCUGCUCAUCCAAAGUGAGAUACGACACCCGAGUGUAAUGCACCAACUACUACCUUAUUAUAAAGGAGAAAUUAAUUUUCCCUUCUGCUGCAGUUAUUGAUUGCUGUUAGAAUGUUUGCUCCCAGGAGAAAUUUGUGACCAGUCAGGCAUAUAUUCCUGUUUUACUCUAAGAUUUUAAUGACUGAAAAGGAUAGGAAGUUUGCAAUAAUUCCAGUUAUUUCUUCAAGUGCAGUUAUAUCAGAAUGCAGAUGUUUUAAAAUGCUAGUAUAACUGGAUAGUGUGUAAUACACAGUAUAUAAAGGAAUACUGUGUUUUAAAGUAUGUAUAUUUUUACUUAUCUACCAGUAGAUCUUACUGUGCACAUCGAAAGUUUAUAUAUUAUAUGAUAAAUACUGGUCAACUCAUAUCAAAGUUUAAAAGUAGAUCAUUAACUUUAUAUACCAGUAAUCACCCAGGUUGAAAUUGAAUUUUCAUUGCCCAGCUAUAAUUUGCAUCACUCUAGAGACAUUUUAUUAAUUGCUGAUGUCAGGAAAUUAUCUUCAAAUAGAAUGAUCUAUGGUAGUGAUGGUCCUUGACAAACAUGGAACCUUUUUGUAUGCGAAGAAGUUUUGUAUUAUUUCAGUUUUUUAUUUAGAAUACCGCAUAUCCACAUGUUUGAAAAGUGUGUGUGCUAGUGACCUUUCCCCUGAAAAUGAUAUUGAACAAAUCUACCAUUCUUGAACCAUAUACAUACUUUACUUUCAGGUAGUUGUAAAGUAAGGAAUCAUAGCUGGGAAAUCCUGAAACAGAUUAUUAUUGUUAGCCAGUCAGCUAUACUGUGACUGGUUCUUUCAGAUACUGUAAAUGUCUUAUAAAAUUUCUGAAGUAAUAGAAUAAUCUCUUUUCGGAAAUAUUAAUACCAUAUUUUCAUGUUCUAAUUAUGUUUAUUAUUUAAAAACUUAGAAGUGACAGAUGAAAAUAUUUAUUGGUGCUAAGACAUUUAGUAAGUUUAAUAUAAGAAAUAUUUAUAAAGGUUAGGAAACAUAAAAUUAGUUUGUUUAUUUUGGGCAAAGGGGUUGGAUUUUGUGCAAGCUGACUGACUAAAUUGACUGAUGAUAGAUUCUAAAAGGAAGUGGUGUGUAUAUAAUGUAGGGAGAUACAAGCUGAUGACUUCAGCUAUAUGUAUUCUGUUCACAUAAGACCUGGAGCAUUCAUAGCAGAGCCAGUGAAGGCCCAGUAUGGAGAUUUGUAGACUUGCUUACGCUUUUGGAGUAGCAGUAGCUCUGACAUGAGAUAAUGGGGGUGUUCUCUUUCCCGUGCUGGGAAUGUGUGGUCUGGUUUUCUUAGGUUUAGGCACAAUCUCUUCCCUUUGUCUGUACUCCCCCAGGUCCUGAUAUCCCUCUGCAGUUUCUUUCAGUUAUUGGACUACAAACCAAUGCACUAGUUUGAGCUACAGAAAUGCUAUUAUUAAUGUAUUUACAUAAUCUAUAUUGCAGUAUAUCUAUAUAUACUUAUGCAGUAUUGUCAAAUGUAUAUGUCUGCCCCCGCUAGGGGUUUGUAAUCAUUACUGGAUUCCUAGAGAAAAGCCUGUUGGCCCCUUCCUAGGGAUUAAGCUCCUAUGUUCUUCCUGCGCCCUCUUUUGGCUAAUUGAUGUAAUUGUUCUGGCUCUAGAGGCUUUUACUGUCCUAUUAGUGGGUUGUACCUUCAAUCUGUGAAGGUACACACCUAUGGGAAUAUCUGUAUAAAAGUGUAAAGUUUUAUGAAAAUUGAAAAUGAACGUGUUACUGUUGGUGAUGGUUCUCCUAGGUGAAUUGCUUGGCUUCAUGUAUGUAUAUUGUACACUUUACUGUCAAUCACAAAUUUAGAUUAGGACAAACUAUUUCAUACUUUACUUUAAGCCUUAUUUUGGUAACUUGUUAUCAUUAUGAAAACUUACUUUAAAAUUACUAUUUUAUUACAGAACAAAACAUUUAUUACAAUUACUGUGGCAACCAUAUCAUCCAGUGUGUUUUGCUGGAUAUCUAAAGAAUACAUUUAAUUUUUUCAAUUCAGUUUUGGAAUAGUCCCACACAUAUACAGACUCAAUUGCCUUAAAAUAAUCAAUAAUUGAUUAACAAUACUAUUUUUUCUUUGCUUUUUAAAAAGCCUUCUCAGUCAGAGUUAAGUCUUUAGAUACAUGUGUCACUCUGAAUAACCGUGGGAAUAACUCCAUAUGUGGAGUGGUGGAAAUCAGCUGAGCAGGAGAUUUCCUAUUAGUCUGCAUAUUGCAUUGAAGGCUUUAUUUGUAAGUUUUAGCCAAAUGUGUGUCCAGUGACAUUUUUACAUUAGCAGAAUUAUUUCUUGGACUUCCAGAGUUAGAGUGUUAUUACUGGCUACAGUUACACUUGGUGAACAAUUAUAGGGUUGGGCCUGCAAGGUGGCUCAGUACAUAAAGGGAUUUGUUGUACAAGACUGAACCCAUUUUAAGGUGAAAGUGAAGAAAAAAAAAACAAAAACCAAACCAAACCUUAUUCCACAGAGUGGUCCUCUGACCUCACAAACAUGCCUGGCACUCAUGCCUCCUUCCCAUCAUCUCUCUGUCUCUGUCUUUCUCUCGCACGCGCACACAUACAAGUUUUAAAAAUCUAAUUGAUUAAACUUAAUGUAGGCAAUAAUGGACUGAGUUCAGAGUCUUCUAAAUAUUGAGCAAUCUAUUAAAGAGUCUUAGUGCUUUGUAACCAGACUUAGGUUCCAGAUUACUAAGUUAGCUGAUGCUACAUGAAAAUAAAAGCGCUAUUCUGUUUAAAAAGUGUAUUGAAAUAUUUUAGUUAAUGUAAGAGAGCCAUUUGCAGUUGUAGCUAACACAGUAUCUCUUUUUCAGAAGACAGUUUACUUAAUAGUGAUAAAGUAUGGCUGGGGUGCCUCAGUGACAGAGUGCAUGCUCAAGACACCCUGGAUUCAUGACCAGGGUAAGAGCGGAAGAGAUGCAGAGGAGCUGAGUCGAAUGUCUCAACUAACACCAGAGCAUCUCACUAGUGUAUGGAGGUGGCUCCAUUAAGGAUGGCAGCUCAUUCUAACCCAUUCUUAAUCAGACUUCAGGUUACUUCCGUACAAGUAAUUAACUGUUUUGUGCAAAAGAUGUGUUAUUUCUAAACAUUAAUCACAAAGACUCAAAUUAAGAACACACUUCCAAAACAGGAGGUACAAGUGAAUUUAUAUAAAAGCCAGAUGGUUUUCUGUGUUAGAUCAUGGGUAGUUGAAUGUUCUUUCAUGUAUUGCUAAAAAAUCACAGUUUGUCUUGCAGCGGCUUAAUAUGGCACUAAUAUUCAUUAGCAUAUGCUAAUUUUUAUCUAGACUGUUCUCUGACUAGUUCUCUUGUAUGUCAUGUAUAAGUAGAUAACCUAGCUACAGUUCACUAAACUAUAGUACUUCAUUAUGUAAGUUUUGAAAUGGACUCUACUAUACAUAGAUAUAUUGGGAAUUUAUUACAAACAUUAUGUAAUUUACUAAUAGUUAAAACAUUAGACUUUCAUCCAUCUCUACUAAUGCUUUGAAAAUUACAUGUACUGGCAAAUGUAGUUAGUAAGUCCUAUAAACUUAGAGUGUUCUACUUGCUCGUAUUAUCAACCAUGUAAUUAACUAAUGAGUGAGGAUAUGAUUUAGUAUCCACAUCUGUUGCCUUCUGUUGCAGGUACCAUGCUCGGAAUUUAUCUACAAAUAAAAAUUUUAGUAUAAUUUAUGCUUAGCUGUUCUUAGAUUCUAUAAUAUUCUAUAGCAGAACGUGGGGAAAGAUUAGAAGCUGUUUACUUGAAGUGUUUUAUAAUAGUAUUGUGUCUGACUAUAUGAACUAAUAUUUAGCAUUUACACUACCUUUGUGAUGGUUUAACGUCAAGAAGUGACUUUUCUCACUUUUUCCAGUAGCACCGUGUUACUGUAAGAGCCCUUCAUUCUGGGGAGCAUUUGGUUUGAGUUAUUUAACCUCCUCUUAUAUGGCUCUUUCUCUUUAGCUGGCCAUGUGCUCUUGAGAGAUUAUUUUUAAUUUUAGAUAAUUGUGUAGGAUAUAUUAACCUGCAUCAUUUUUAGCAUACACAUGUUAAAAUAACAUGGAAGUACAGAUGUGUAAUACAGAGGAGAAGCGAUAGGAUGCCCAAAGUUUGAGAAAACUGGAACCUAUUUAGGAGUCUCUUAUGGCAAAAGAAAAAUGCUGAGAAAAUUCACCAGUUUAGGUAUUAAUUUCAGCAGAGAAAAUCACCAGUUAGGUAUAAAGGCUAGUUUACACUUUAAAGAUUGGGCUCUUUUGCUGAUAUUGGGACCCUGGAGGUCUUCCUUGCUGUUGGCAUUUUUAAUUCAUUACCUCGUGUGUAUACCGGUAGUGCUUUCCACACUUGCUCAACUAUUUAAUUAAUUACACAUAUAACAUUUUCAUCUCAGUAGCUUUAUAUGUAAAGAUAUAGCCAGAGCAGCCAGAACCAGGCACAGUUCCUUUUGUAGCUUUGCCUGCCGCUUCCACGCAGUGUCUGGUCGCUUGUAGGCUGUCAGUCAGAGGGAAGACUUGUGCGCAUCCUGUGAGCUUUAUGUCUGAGCCAGAGUGGGUGAUGGUAUUUAACGUACUGGUGCCUGAAACUCGUGUUUUACAACCUGAGCAGCUGAGACCUCCUGGUGCUAUUCGCUUUAGCUUUGAGUUACAUUCUUAAUUCUUGAACCAAAGAGUUGAUUUUCUUUUUGCUUGGCUGGGGUUAGUUUCUCAUCUGUCUGAAGAAGUGAACAGUCAUUUGUCAGGGCUUACUUUCUGUGAAUGCUGGCUGAGCGCAGUCAGUUGAAAAUGAUUCUUAUUUAGACUUAGCUUUUAUUCUUUCAUGCAGAGUGGUAUGGAUUUUAAUUUUGUAUUUUAAUAUAGUGUGGUUACUUUAUAAGGUAUUUUAAUAGACUGAAGCUACUAAAGUUAUUGAAUCACUUUCUCCCUUGGCUUCACUUUGGCAGAGAAAAAAAGCUUUUAUUUAUAUAAGCAAAGUAUUCUAUUAGACACUUUUGAUGACUACUCAACCGUAUGCUAAAAUACAGGGCAAAUAAUGGGUCCAUUAUUAAUUACAAGUCAAGAAUUUAACAUUUUUUUCUGUGUGUAGGUAUAAUCCUUAAUGGCUUUAAAGAAUGAUACAGGUAUUUUCCUAUUUUGAAAAUAAGAUGAAAUUAAAGGACACUUUAAAAAACAUAUAAAUCACUCACACACACACACACACACGGAAAUGCAGAAGUUCCUUAAGUGAGCAUCCUUUUAGAAGUUGAACUUUGCAACAAAAGCAGUCUGGAUGCUGCUGCUUACUGUACAUGAAAAUUAGAGUAAGAUUGUUUUACAAACUGUUUGUUUUAGUGAUUUAUUUUUCAUAACUGGCAGAACCCAAUCCUGUGGAUGGGCUUGUCCAGGUGUAAUCCUGCUGCGUGACUUCCCUCUCCUCCCCAGGAGCUCUGCAGACAGCCGUGCCUCGGGCCUGGGAGAGUAGACGGUCACACUGGAAAUGCUGUGCUUGUCCAUCAGCUUUAGUCUGCGGCUUCUUUAAUCUUGAUACAAUGUGUGCUUUUUGCAGUGAAUUCUGAAUAGAAGACAAAAUCAAGUCUAAAACUUGAGAAGUGAGGAGCUCAUGUGCAUGAAGUGUGUCCAGAUGAGCAGAGAGAGGAAGCAGGGACUGGGUGGGGGGCGGGGGCAGCACUGUGUCUCUUCUGAGUUGUGUUACCACUGGAUAGCUUCUUAAUAAUCCCACUGCAUGUCCAUUGUUCACAAGGCAGAGUGUAGUAAUUUUUUCCAAGUUGUAGAUAGGAACAAAUUUAUCACUGCUUUCUGUGUCUUUGUGUGAUUAUUAAAAAGCAAAGAAAAAAUUAAUAUAGAUAGGGAAAAAAGCAACUGAAGAUACACAAGGAGGAACUUCCACCCCAGUCAGAGGUGCUCAGAUAAAUGGUUGCAAGCCCAAGGACAGAAUAGGCUCUCAGGAGAACAGUCCAUGGACCACAGUAGAUGAGCAUGCGCUGUGCCUGGGCUUAGUCUGGCAAGUGUAAUAACCACACAACACUAACAUUCGCUGUCAGCCCCAGUUCUCAGACUCCUAAAUGAAAGAGCCUUCUUGAGUUUUAGUAAUGGUGUUGCUGCAGGGGCCCAGGAAGACCCUGUCUUCAGACUUGCGGGUGUGCUUUUCAUUCAGCUCUGGUACGUGUAAUCUGAGGGCCAUUUGCCUGCCUGUCUGCUGGUUUCUUUGUCUGUUGCUCUAAGUCUUCACUAACAUUUCUGUUGCUGGUGGUAAUAAGGAAAAAGUGCAUGGAGAAGUCAGAGUGCUUUGAGGGCGGGAGGAAGCCACAGGUGGGAGCUGCGUUGUACUCAUUUGUUAAGAGGAGAAGUCCACCCUGGCUCUUUGAAUGAAAACAAUCUAUGUAUGUAUCUACCUUAAGAACAACAUUGCUUUUAAUUUAUUUUAGUGAUUUUGUUUUAUUCAUGUAAUGUUCUAUUUUCUUUGCAAAUUGCUUUUAAUUUAAAUUGUGGAAUUUUUACUUCUCUUGAAAUGUACUAUGUACUGUAUUUUUAGAAAUCUUAUUUUUAAAUAAAUAUUUUUGAAAAACAUA